UUAGAAAUAUGGAGGAAGAAGGCUCACCUUGAAAAGAAGAUGAAAUCUCUGCAAUGAUUAAGGAUAGAUCCAUGAUCUACCUUGACAUUGUCAAGAAUUAUCCCUGCUCUUUUGGGAAAGUAACAAGUAAGAAGGAGAGGCAGACCAAGAACUUGUGCUCUCAGAAUCUGACAUAUGGAGAAAUAGUCUACUCAUCAAUUGCAGAAGUAUUUGAGUUCAUCAAAGAGGAAUACGGCAGUUUUAUGAAACCAGGAGGCACUUUUAUUGACCUCGGCUCUGGUAUUGGCAAGGGCGUCAUCACUGGAGCUCUCCUGCAUGAAUUUGAAGAAUGCCUUGGUGUCGAAAUUUUAGAUGAUUUGUAUCAGAAAUAGCACUGAAUUGAGAGAGGUCUUCUAUGACUAUAUGAGCAAGUUGCUUAAAUAAGAAGUCAAAUCCCUUUGAUUACUCUGUGAUCCCAGAAAUCAAACUAUAUCAUGCAGAUAUCAUAGAAUUUGAUUGGGCUCAUGCAGAUUUUGUGCUGAUUAAUUCCACUUGCUUCGAUUUAGAUCUCAUGGCUAAAAUUUAUGAGAAAGCGAAAGCAUUGAAAGAAGGGUCAUACAUCCUGACUCUAACAAAAAAGUUACCUGCUAAUGAUGAAUUUGAGAUGAUAUUCCAGGCUAAGAAGCCGAUGUCAUGGGCUGAUGCUACAGUGAAUUUAUAUAAAAAGGUUAAAUAGAACAUUGUGAUUGGACCACUUGGAUUACAU